CACAUGUCAUCUCCUUGCCCCCUCCCCUGCAACUGGGUAUGCCUGUGUCUAGCAGGGAAUUACAGGGUGGGGGUGGGGGGGGUGGGAUGCCUCAUGGUUUGAUAGAUCAGGAGAUAACAGAUCUCUGGAAUGUGAGUAAACAGGAAGGACAGGGGGCCCCACACCCUUCAGGGUGAACAGCUUCUCUGGGUCCCCUGCUCUACAGUAGGUUCCCCUCCCUCCCCUUGCUUUCCAGGGUGAACAGCUCAAACAAACAACAGGAGCUGGGGCCAGAGGGCUCUGAGCCUGGAAGGAGGGCCACAGUGGAGAGGGAGGUGGUAUUCUGGAGGGAGGAUAUUGGGGGGCACCCUCUUAGCUCUGAGCUGGAGGAGGCAGACUUGAGAGUCCAGGGGAAAGGAAAGGACAUGAGCAGGUCUGGAACAACAGGCUGAAUAUUCUGAUUACGGGGAAGGGGAGCAGGAAAAGGGUGAGGGGCUAAGAAUCAGUCCCAACCUGCGGGGGUGCCUGGCCAGCAGCGCCUCAGGCCUGACCCUGCAGGCUUGUCCUGGGUCAGCUGGAGGGUGUUGGCUGGGCCUGGGCUCAGGGCCCAGAUGACUGGACAGGGGCCGCCCGGGCCAGAAGCCCGGCCUGAAGGACCUCACGUGUCCAGCCAGGCUCUCCCCCAGCUCAUUACUGUGUUUGGGGUGAAAACAGACCAAGUCACUAUGGUGACCUGGAACUGGGGCUCCCAGGAACUAGGCCUCUUCUCCCUCAAGAGGGCAGCCCUGGGUUGCUCAACCCACGCUUCCUGUCCCAGGGUCCCUGGGGGUGAUCCCAGCCUUAACCAGGCGGUGUAAUGCAUAAACAAGGAUUUUGGAGACAGAUCACCUGAAUUGGAUUCCCUGCCUUGCCUUUUGUUGGUGAAUGUCCUUGAUGUAUAACUAACACCCUGAGUCCUAGUUUCCCCAUCUAUAAAAUGGGAAACUCUGACCUCAGGGCAGACAUGAGAAUAAACAAGAUGACGUUCGCAAAGCCUGGUCCGCAGUAGACAUGUCUUUUUCUUAUGCCUUGCUCCUUUCUCUCCUCCUCUACAGUGCCCUUUUCUUCCUGCAUUGUUCCCAUCUGGGUUCCGUGGUUCUUUCUCCUCCUUGACCCCAGCUCAGGAAAGUGCUUGAAGUGCUGGCAUCUCAGACUGGAGGCUCUAGGGUGUGGUGGGUCGCACCUCUGCUGAGUAGCAAAGGCAGCCGGCACUUGAGUGUGAAGUAGGAGCCUGGUCUCUCUUGGCUGAGGGAGUGGAGUGGUGGGAAGGAGGCAUGGCGACUGGUUAUACAUACUGUCGGGGGAAGGCAGGUCAAGCUCUGGGUUGCUUUCUUCCAAACCCGUGUAGACCUCCAUUCCUCAGGCCACACACCCCAUCCAAGGCCACUUCAGCAUGCCAGGCCAGUGCCCUUUGCCUCAUCGGCCUCUUUGUCCUGGGCCCUCAUAUCUUUUUUCUCCUGCUUUCCUUGUGCUACCACCUCCUGUUUUCUGUCCUCAGGAUCCCCGCCGUUGAUUUCUCUAUCAUCCCUGACCCCAUAGUCCCUCCCUUUCUCUAGACUUUUCUGCCUUUCUUUGCUCUCUACCUCACUAUGAGUUAACACCUCUUUUUGACCCUUUAUUCUUUGUUCAAGGAGCCCUGGUGGUGCAGUGGUCACGCGCUCAGCUGCCAACCAAAAGGUCAGUGGUUCAAACCCACCAGCUGCUCUGCAGGAGAAAGAUGGGGCAGUCUGCUUCCUUAGAGAUUUACAGCCUUGGGAACCCUAUGGGGCAGUUCUACUCUGUCCUGUAGGGUCACUGUGAGUUGGAAUGGACCUGACGGCAGUGGGUUUUGUCUGGAUCCUUUGUUCAUUUUAUUGGUUUCUUGCUUCUUUUGUAUUUUUCCCUUUCUCCUCCUCUGCUUCACCGUCUAUUUUUUCCUCUUGGUCUUCUCAUCUCCUGCUACUGACCCUGGGCUUGCCUCUCUUUUUCAUACCACCCCCCUUUUCCCUUUCCAUUCUUUUAUCCACAUUCCUUGUCCCUUUCCAUUACUUCCUCUCUUCUCCCCCGCUUCAGUCCUCUCCUCCUUCGUCCCCACCCCCCUUCUCCACUCCAGUCCUCUUGUCCUCUUCCCAGCUGUGGGGGCCGGACUGGGGAACCUAAUGUUUGCCUCAUCGUUAUGCUAUGGCUUCUGGAUACAGCACAUCUGGAUUCCGGGGCCCAGAUGUGUGGUUGCCACAGCGACCUCAGUCCCUCUGGUAAAUACGGGCGCCCACCCGCCCCAGAGCAGAGAACAAAACAAUUGUGUGACUUUCUUUUGUCACAAGAUAGAAAUGUCCUCCCUCCUCCCUUCUUCCCACACCCAUGUCUCCAGGCAAAGGAAGUUUUGAGGGUCUAAACCCUUCUUUCCAUGGCUCUCUUGCCCCCCUUUCAGCCCUAGUCUCUUAGUUUUCUUCCGUUUUUGAUCUCAGGCUCAGUCCUUUCUCUCCAUGUUCCCCUUCCUUGCACCCCUCCUCAGCUCUCAGUAAUGGCAUGUUGACCCCCCUGUCUUGUACUUGGCAAUUUCUUCUAACUGAAUCUACGUAAUGACUGGAUGCAGAAAGAAGUUUCAAAAAUCCAGAUUCCCCACCCUUCCUUCUCAAACAAGUCCUUCAAGAAUCCACUUAAUUUAUUUCUGCCCCAAGUCAUCAAUCCUGUCAUUUCCCAGGGCUGUUGCUGGGUGAGGGGAGAGACUACAGGCUUUGGGAUCAGAAAACCUGGUUGAGGCCCACCUUCACCACCCCUAGCAAAGUCCGUUAAAGUCCAUAAGUCUGUUUCCUCAGCCACAAAGUGGGGCUGAUAAAAUACUGCACUGUGAAGGGAAGUGCUUUGUAAACAGAAGCCCAGUACAAAUGCUUUCUGUCUUUCCCCCCUCUGGGACUGCUUCCUUGGAUCGCAGCCUCUGGCCUCUCUUCAUUCCCCUCUCUCUAUCCUUCAGGCCCUUGCCCUUAAUUGCCUUUACUUUUCUGUGUCUUCCUUUCCUUUCUCCUUGUCUUUCCCUUUCUUCCUUUUCUAUAUCUUUUAUUCCUUAUCCUCCUAAGGUCAGGACAGGAACCUGGAGGAUCAUUCAAGGAUAGAAGCUCAGAGCUGAGGACACCUGGACUGAGGCUUCGGAGAACAGCCAAUGCACAUGGACAGUUCUUGACAACACCCAAUCUUCCUGUUCCACUGAGGACAGAGCAGUGAGGCCUACCCCACUCUGACCACAGGGAUUCCCUGCCUUUAUGCCUGUGACUCCCUACCAGGCAUUCUUUCCCCAUCCUUUUCUCACAGUCUUUUCACAACUCACAACUCAAUAUUGACAAGUGUUUAUUGGGUACCUACUCUAUGCAAGCCCUGGUGCUUUCCUGAGAUACAAACAUAUAUAAGACACGAGCUCCUGCAAGAGCGCGAAAUCCAGAGGGUGAAUCAGAUUUUAGACAGUGUUUCUAUCAAAACCUGGAAUUAUGUCCGUCAAGCGUCCAGUGAGUGGCCAGAAAGUUGUAAGCAUCUGGAAUCAUACACUCCCUCUCUGAGAUUCCAGCAUCCAGUCCCCAGCAGCAGGCUUCCAAGACAUGCCAGGGUUAUAUUUCUAGUUCUUGCUCCUCUCCAGGGUCUCCUGGCCACUCUCUGGGCCAAGUAUACUUAUGGCGACCAUACACUAAAUAAUAAAACCAGGAAAUGGGACCAAAAAAAAAGAUGACCAUGGCACAUAUUUAUUGAAAUCAAAGAAAAUCCAUACUCUGCAGUCUGCUGUCUCUGUGUGAUGCUGUCUAAGACCCUCCAUCACCAUUUCAUCUACUUUCCCCUGCCUCCCACCCAGAGAUCCUUCCUAGGGGAGCUGCUACCUAUCCUUGGCUGUGGGGCUUCAAGCCAAGGCAGAGGAAGGAAGCUAAGCCCAGCUCCAUCCAAGACGGUGACUUCAUCCCCCUAUCAAAGCCAGGAAAAAAACAGCCACACACCCAGACACACGGACACACACGGGGACACCCACGCGAGAGCUGAUGAAUACUUUGCACUCAGUCACAAUGAGCUAACUGGGCAUCUGGCAGCAGCCAUAUCCUGUGCCAGCGUGUUGUGACCCAGAAACACCACCACGCCUGCAACGCCAGGGGUCUGACAUGGACACAGACACCUGUGCCCCAGCCCAUGUGGCAGAAUCAGGCACAUGCAGGCUUCUUUCACUCAAGACUGUUAACUGGUCUGGUUACACCCCAAUGGUGAGGUUUGCAGAGAGGUAGAACUCUAUCCUCAAUGUGAAGCCUGAGGAAGGGUCCCUUAACCUGGAUAUUUCUCCUCUGUGUGUGGAAUCGACUUGACGGCAGUGGUGGGUGGGUGACAAAAGUAUCCUUUUCUGCCCCCCAUGGGGCAGCAUGUGGGGAAAUGAGGCCAGAGAAACGCCCAGUAGCUGAAUGUGGGGUGUGUCUGCCUCUCCGUCCGCCCUGUCCCCUGGUUGUCAGUCUUCCUGUCCCACCUGAGACUAAGGUGCCCUUUUCCUCUAGCCUCUAGCUCUCUCCCCACCCCUGCUUCCUGUUCCCUUGCAGCUCCCAAACUUGAGCCCCCUUCUGCUUUCCAGAGCUUAGCCCACCUUCAUGCACUGCACCCCCAUUUUUGCCUCCUGCCUCUAGCUCUUUAUUGGUUGGCAAAAAUUCCUCCUAGCCUCUAGGCUUCCCAUCCUUUUCUCCCCCCCAGCCCUGACUUUCUUCCCAAGUUUUAUUUGCCCUGGAGUUCAGGCAAGCCUUUGCCCAACCUCACCUGCCAUUUCUCUAGGUAUUUACUGAGGUGGGAGAAUGAAAAGGGGGCAGUGAUCCAAAUUGAGAACAGGAUAUGGACUGGACAGAACAGGGACAGGCCAUGCUGAGGAAAUAGGGGAGGAAGAGACAGGCGCAGGUGGAAGCAUUGGGGCUGGAGCUGGGGCAGAGAUGGGGACUGGAGUCCCUGAGAAGGUCCACGGUGGGAGGGAUUCAGACUUGGGAGGGGGUUUUCUCCCACCCCCAAUCUGCCUCUGCCCCCUGCCCUGAGCUGCUUGGGGAGAAUUGGUUGGGGGAAUGAAGGAGCCAGUGCUGGGCAACCGACAGAGGGGGAAGGUCGAAACUGGAACACUGACAACUAGAAAGGGGUGGGAGGGAGGCUGCAGAGGGCGGGAGAGUGGCUGUCCAAGGGGAAGGGUGUUGGUAGAGAAAAACAGGUCAGAGAGAAGGGGCAACAGGUGGGGAAAUGGUGGGAAAAAGGGGAGAAGAGGGAUGAGGGAUGUUAGGUUGGGCAAAAAUUAGAGCGAGGAGGAGGAGUAAAAAUGGGGUGGGAAACGGACCCUGGAGAUGUAACUAGGACUAGAGGGGAAAGAGAAAGGUACGGUGGGACUCAGGAUCCUAGACAGGGAGGGGCCCAGGGUGCCGGUGGGGGAGAGGAAGGGGUGGCAAGUGAUGACGCUGGAGGCCUGGCAGGCGGGAGGAAUGGGAGGACCUGCCCUAUCUCCGCUCCCCUCCCUGACCUCAUACUGGUCCUCCCCUUCUCCUCCCCCUGCUUGCCGCAGGAGCCCUCCUUCUCGCUGUCGCUGCUGAGAUCGACGGUUGCGGUUUGGUGAGCCCCUGCUGCAGGGGACAACUGAGGGGGCCUCCAGGGAGCCCAGGGCUACCAAGGGGAGUCCACCCUAUCCUACCCUGAGACCCCAUCUCCCCCUGCUCGGGGGUUGAGGACAGAGCAGGUGCAGAGGCGCUGUAGCUGCCCCGUCGCCCAGCCUCCUGAGUGAUGCCAGCCCAAUGUCCCCUGACCACCAGCCUGGCCUUCCUGGUGCUGCUGGGCACAGCCAGAGCAGGCCCCUUCUCUCCAAGGUCAAAUGUGACACUUCCAGCCCCACGGCCCCCUCCCCAGCCAGGGGGCCGCACAGCUGUGGCAGGAAGAGGAAACCCUUCCUCUCAGCUUUAUGAGCACACAGUAGAGGGAGGGGAGAAGCAGGUGGUAUUCACCCACCGAAUUAACCUGCCCCCUUCAGCUGGCUGUGGCUGUCCCCCGGGUACUGAGCCCCCAGCCCCUGCUUCAGAGGUGCAGGCCCUGAGAAUCCGGCUGGAGAUCCUGGAGGAGUUGGUGAAGGGACUCAAGGAACAGUGCACAGGGGGAUGUUGUUCCACGGCUGCCCAGGCUGGUACAGGCCAAACAGACGUUCGCAGCCUCUGCAGUCUCCAUGGCGUGUUUGACCUGAGCCGUUGCGCCUGUUCCUGCGAACCAGGCUGGGGUGGGCCCACCUGCUCGGACCCCGCGGACGCCACGGUGCCCCCCUCCUCCUCGUCGUCGCCCGCAGCCUUAGAGUCCUGUCCUGACGACUGCAACGAUCAGGGUCGCUGUGUCCGCGGCCGUUGCGUGUGCUUCCCCGGCUACACUGGCCCCAGCUGCGGCUGGCCCUCCUGUCCCGGGGACUGCCAAGGCCACGGGCGCUGCGUGAAAGGCGUGUGCGUGUGCCGCCUCGGCUUCUCAGGCGACGACUGCAGCCAGCGCACCUGCCCUCGAGGCUGCAGCCAGCGGGGCCGCUGUGAAGACGGGCGCUGCGUGUGCGACGCGGGCUACACUGGCGAAGACUGCGGGGUGAAGAGCUGCCCUCGCGGUUGCAGCCAGAGGGGACGCUGUGAAAACGGACGCUGUGUGUGUGAGCCCGGCUACACGGGUGAAGACUGCGGGGUGAAGAGCUGCCCUCGCGGUUGCAGCCAGAGGGGACGCUGUGAAAACGGACGCUGUGUGUGUGACCCCGGCUACACCGGCGAGGACUGCAGCACGCGCAGCUGCACCUGGGACUGUGGCGAGGGCGGGCGCUGCGUGGACGGCCGCUGUGUGUGCUGGCCUGGGUACGCGGGCGAGGACUGCAGCACGCGGACCUGCCCGCGCAACUGCCGGGGCCGCGGGCGCUGCGAGGACGGCGAGUGCAUCUGCGACGCGGGCUACAGCGGGGACGAUUGCGGCGUGCGCAGCUGCCCCGGGGACUGCAGCCAAAGAGGCCACUGCGAGGACGGCCGCUGCGUGUGCUGGCCCGGGUACACUGGGCCUGACUGCGGCGGGCGCGCUUGCCCGCGCGAUUGUCGGGGUCGCGGGCGCUGCGAGAACGGCGUGUGCGUGUGCAACGCGGGCUACAGCGGCGACGACUGCGGCGUGCGGAGCUGCCCCGGGGACUGUCGAGGCCGUGGCCGGUGCGAGAGCGGCCGCUGCGUGUGCUGGCCCGGGUACACUGGCCGGGACUGCGGCACGCGCACCUGCCCCGGUGACUGUCGUGGGCGCGGGCGCUGCGUGGAUGGCCGCUGCAUGUGCAACCCGGGCUUCACCGGCGAGGACUGCGGUAGCCGUCGGUGCCCCGCGGACUGCCGCGGGCGCGGCCGCUGCGAGGAUGGCGUGUGUGCGUGCAACGUGGGCUACGAGGGCGAGGACUGCGGAGCGCUCAGCUGCCCCGGGGGCUGCCGAGGCCACGGCCAGUGCCUGGACGGGCGCUGCGUGUGCGACGAUGGCUACGAGGGCGAGGACUGCGGCGUGAGGCGGUGCCCGCGCGACUGCAGCCAGCGAGGCGUGUGCCAGGACGGCGUGUGCACCUGUUGGGAGGGCUUCAGGGGCGAGGACUGCAGCCUCCGAACCUGCCCCGCCAACUGCCAUCGGCGCGGCCGCUGUGAAGAUGGGCACUGCGUGUGUGACGCAGGGUACACUGGCCCCACCUGUGCCACCCGCACCUGCCCCGCCGACUGCCGGGGCCGCGGGCGCUGUGUGCAGGGAGUGUGCCUCUGUCACGCAGGCUACAGCGGCGAGGACUGUGGGCAGGAAGAGCCCCCUUCCAGCGCCUGUCCCGGGGGCUGCGGGCCACGGGCGCUGUGCCGCGCAGGCCAGUGUGUGUGUGUGGAAGGCUUCCGCGGGCCCGACUGCGCCAUCCAGACGUGCCCCGGGGAUUGCCGCGGCCGGGGAGAGUGCCAGGAGGGCAGAUGCGUUUGCCAAGAUGGCUACGCAGGCGAGGACUGUGGGGAAGAGGUGCCAGCAAUCGAGGGCAUGAGGAUGCACCUCCUGGAGGAAACGACGGUUCGAACAGAGUGGACCCGGGCUGCCGGCCCUGUGGAUGCCUAUGAAAUUCAGUUCAUCCCCACGACAGAAGGUUCGAGUCCUCCGUUUACAGCACGGGUGCCGAGCUCUGCCUCAGCCUAUGACCAGGGAGGACUGGCCCCGGGCCAGGAGUACCAGGUCACUGUCCGUGCCCUUCGAGGGACCAGCUGGGGCCCUCCUGCCUCCAAGACUAUUACCACCAUGAUCGAUGGCCCCCAGGAUCUCCGCGUGGUGGCUGUGACGCCAACAACAUUGGAGCUCAGCUGGCUGCGCCCCCUGGCUGAGGUGGACCGAUUCGUGGUGUCCUACGUCAGUGCUGGCAACCAGAGGGUGCGGCUGGAAGUGCCCCCUCAGGCAGAUGGGACAGUGCUGACAGACCUGAUGCCAGGCGUGGAAUACGUCGUGACUGUCACCGCAGAGCGGGGCCGGGCAGUCAGCUAUCCGACUUCUGUCAGGGCCAACACAGCACCAGGCCACUACGAUUACUCGGAGGUGCGCCCCCCAGCCCCGCCCCCCAAGCCCCGCCCCCGGCCGACCCCGCGCCCCCCGCGCCCCCCACGGCCUGCCAAGGAGGAGAGGGAGGAGUCCCGGCCCGGGCUGAGCCUGUCCCAGCCCCCGCGGCGGGCGUGGGGCAACCUGUCCGCCGAGCUGGGCCGCUACGGCGGCACGGUGGAGGACGUGGAGCGCCACCUUCGGGCGCACGGCUACCCGCUGCGAGCCAACCAGACCUACCCGUCGGUGGCGCGCUACGUCUACAACUACUUGCAGCGGCACCUGGCGGCCGCCGCCCCUGCCGGCUCCCCGGCAGCCCAGCCCCACCGCCCCCACCCCACCGCCAGCCCCGACCCCGGCACCUGGAAGCGGGACUCCAACCGGAGCAUCUAUGGCCCCUCGCCCGAAGGAGUCGACCGGGCGGCUGCGCCCCGUCACCCUAAGCCCGAGGUGCUGGGCACUUCCGCCGACGGCGCGCUUCUAGUGUCUCUCGACGGUCUUCGCGGCCAGUUCGAGCGCGUGGUGAUGCGCUGGCGGCCCCAGCCCCCUGCGGAGGGCCCUGGCGGGGAGUUGACUGUGCCGGGCAGCACGCGCGCUGUCAGCCUCCCCGACCUCAGGCCGGGCACCACCUACCACGUGGAGGUCCACGGGGUGCGGGCGGGGCAGACUUCCAAGUCCUACGCCUUCAUCACCACCACAGGGUCCUCCCCCUCAGGCCUCUUGGGAGCUACUGAUGAGCCGCCUCCCUCAGGCCCCUCAACAACCCAAGGGGCCCGGGCCCCUGUCUUGCAGCAGCGCCCCCAGGAACUGGCAGAAUUGAGGGUGCUCGGCAGAGACGAGACAGGGCGCCUCCACGUGGCCUGGACCGCCCAGCCCGACAUCUUUGCCCACUUCCAGCUGCACCUGCGGGUGCCCCAGGGGCUAGAGGAUCAUGAGGAGCUGCUGCCAGGGGAUGCUCGCCAGGCCCUGGUGCCCCCACCCCCUCCUGGAGCCCCCUACGAGCUGUCACUUCAUGGGAUCCACCCUGAGGGCCAGCCCUCUGCCCCCCUCAUCUACCAAGGCAUUAUGGACAGGGAUGGAGAGAAGCCUGACCUGUCCUUGGUCCAGCCGCGCCUGGGUGAGCUGACGGUGACAGAUGUGACCCCAAGCUCACUGCUGCUGCACUGGACGGUCCCCGAGGGCACAUUUGAAUCGUUUGUGAUCCAGUACAAGGACAGGAAUGGGCCACAGGUAGUGCCCGUGGAGGGGCCCCAGCGCUCAUCCCUCAUCACCUCCUUGGACCCUGGCCGCAAGUACAAAUUUGUCUUGUACGGGCUCGUCGGCAAGAAGCGGCACGGCCCGCUGGUCACUGAGGCCAAGACCGUGCCUUGGAGUGACCCCAGCCCAGGGCCCCUGCCCCGCCUUGGAAAGCUGUGGGUGACAGACCCCACCCCAAACUCGCUGCGUGUCUCCUGGACUGUCCCUGAAGGCCAGUUCGACUCUUUCAUGGUCCAAUACAGGGACAGGGAUGGCCAGCCCCAGGUGGUACCAGUGGAAGGGCCUGAGCGCUCAGUCAUUGUGUCCUCCCUGGACCCUAACCACAAGUACAAAUUCACUCUGUUUGGGAUUGCCAGCAAGAAGCGGCAUGGCCCCCUCACAGCUGAUGGCACCACCGCCCCAGAGAGGAAAGAGGAGCCCCCCCGGCCCGAGUCCCCCAUGCAGCCCCUCCUGGGGGAGCUGACAGUGACUGGCGUGACUCCAGACUCCCUGCACCUGUCCUGGACGGUGGCCCAGGGCCCCUUUGACUCCUUCGUGGUCCAGUACAAGGAUGCGGAGGGGCAGCCCCAGGCAGUGCCCGUCGGGAGGGAUGAGAACGAGGUUACCAUCCCUGGCCUGGAGUCCCAGCGGAAGUAUAAGAUGAACCUCUAUGGGCUUCAAGGCAGGCAGCGUGUGGGGCCAGUGUCUGUGGUGGCCACAACGGCUCCUUUCUCAGACGUGAACGAGACCCCGACUCCCACAGAGCCCUCCACGGAGCCCCCUGAGGAGCCGCUCCUAGGGGAACUGACAGUGACAGGAUCCACCACAGACUCGCUGAGCCUCUCCUGGACUGUCCCCCAGGGCCACUUCGACACCUUCACCGUGCAGUACAAGGACAGGGACGGGCGGCCCCAGGUGGUGCGUGUGGGGGGUGAAGAGCGAGAGGUGACUGUGCAGGGCCUGGAGCCCAGGCGCAAAUACAAGAUGCACCUGUAUGGGCUCCACGAGGGGCGACGUGUGGGCCCCGUGUCCACCGUGGGGCUGACGGCCCCACAGCAGGAGGAAGAAGCUUCUCCAGCAACUGAGCCUCCCCAGGAGCCACAGCUGGGGGAGCUGACGGUGACGGAUGUGACCCCCACCUCUGUGGGCCUCUUGUGGACUGUCCCUGAGGGCGAAUUCGACUCUUUCAUGGUCCAGUACAAGGACAGAGACGGCCAGCCCCAGGUGGUGCCUGUGGCCCCAGACCAGCAUGAAGUCACUAUCCCCAGCCUGGAGCCCUCCAGAAAGUACAAGAUCAACCUCUAUGGGAUACAUGAUGGAAAACGUGUGGGUCCCCUCUCUGUGGUAGCCAUGACGGCUCCCCUCCUACCAACCUCAGCCACAGAGGCUCUUGAACGCCCCCAAGAACCUCGCCUCGGGGAGCUGGCAGUGACGGGCGUGACCUCCAACUCCGUGGGCCUCACCUGGACAGCCCCUGAGGGCGAGCUCGACUCCUUCGUGGUCCAGUACAAGGACAGGGAUGGGCAGGCCCAGGUGGUGCCUGUGGCCCCAGACCAGCGUGAGGUCACCGUGCCUGACCUGGAGCCCUCCCGCAAGUACAAGUUCCUGCUCUUUGGGAUCCAGGAUGGGAAGCGACGAGGCCCAGUCUCUGUGGAGGCAAAGACGGAUGCUGACAGCUUGGGAACCCCACCCCACCUCGGGGAGCUGUGGGUGACAGACCCCACCCCAGACUCGCUGCGCCUCUCCUGGACGGUCCCCGAAGGCCACUUUGACUCUUUUACGGUCCAGUUCAAAGACAGGGAUGGGCCCAGGGUGGUGUCCGUGGAGGGCCACCAGCGCUCAGUCACUGUUACACCACUGGACCCUGGCCGAAAGUACCGAUUUCUCCUCUACGGCCUCCUGGACAAGAAGCGCCACGGCCCCCUCACCACUGAUGGCACCACUGAGACCCGGAGAGCUGUGGACGAGACUGUACCAAAGCAUCCCUCAAAGCCCCGUCUGGGAGAGGAGCUGCAGGUGACCAGUGUGACGCCAGACUCCGUGGGCCUCUCGUGGACGGUCCCCGAGGGCGAGUUCAACUCCUUUGUGGUCCAGUACAAGGACAGGGAUGGGCAGCCACAGGUGGUGCCCGUGGAGGGCAGCCUCAGGGAGGUUACCAUCCCGGGCCUGGACCCCGCCCGCAGGUACAAGCUCCUGCUCUACGGCCUGCACGGUGACCGACGUGUGGGUCCCAUCUCCACCAUUGCCAUGACUGCCCCCAGGGAAGAAGACAAAGACGUGACCCAGGCCCCAGCCCCGACAGCAGCUGAGCCCCGUCUGGGGACGCUCACCGUGGAGAAGGCCACAUCACACACCCUGCAUCUCUCCUGGAUGGUAGUUGAGGGAGAAUUCGACGCUUUUGUGGUCCAGUACACAGACAGGGACGGGCUACUCCAGGCGGUCAGUUUAGAGGGUGACCAGAAUGAUGUCACCAUCUCUGGCCUGAAAUCUGACCACAGAUACCUGGUGGACCUCUACGGCUUCCGUGACGGGCAGCAGGUGGGUCCUGCCCACAUCGAAGCCCUGACAGUCCCACAGGAGGAUGAACCUUCAGAACUGCCCACAGUGGCCCCCGAGCCUCCAUUAAAACCUCGUCUGGGGGAGCUGACUGUGACUGAUGCCACCCCUGACUCCCUGCACCUGUCCUGGACGGUCCCUGAGGGCCACUUUGACUACUUCAUGGUCCAGUACAGGAAUGGAGACGGGCAGCCCAAGGCAGUGCGGGUGCCAGGGCACGAGGAUGAGGUCACCAUCUUGGGCCUAGAGCCAGACCAGAAGUACAAGAUGAACCUGUAUGGCCUCCACGGUGGCCAGCGUGUGGGCCCCAUCUCUGCCAUCGGGAUGACUGCUCCAGAGGAAGAGACCCCAGUCCCCACAGAGAUGGAGGAGACCCCCACUCCCACAGAACCCACCACCGAGGCCCCAGAGCACCCUGAGGAGCCGCUCCUGGGGGAGCUGACGGUGACAGGAUCCACCUCGGACUCACUGAGCCUCUUCUGGACCGUUCCCCAGGGCCGCUUCGAUGCCUUCACCAUGCAGUUCAAGGACAGGGAUGGGCGGCCCCAGGUGGUGCAUGUGGGGGGUGAGGAGCACGAAGUCACCGUGCAGGGCCUGGAGCCCGGGCGCAAGUACAAGAUGAACCUGUACGGGCUCCAUGGGGGACGGCGCAUGGGCCCCGUGUCUACCACAGGUCUGACCGAGCCCUCAACUUCUGCAGUCCCACUCCCCACCACUGCCCUGGGCUUUCUGAAGCCACGCCUGGGGGAGUUGACCGUGACCGAUGCCACCCCUGACUCCCUGCACCUGUCCUGGACGGUCCCCGAGGGCCACUUUGACCACUUCCUGGUCCAGUACAGGAAUGCAGAUGGGCAGCCCAAGGUGGUUCGGGUGCCGGGGCACGAGGACGAGGUCACCAUCUCGGGCCUGGAGCCGGACCACAAGUACAAGAUGAACCUGUAUGGCCUCCACAGAGGCCAGCGUGUGGGCCCCGUCUCUGCCAUUGGUUUAACUGCCCCAGGAAAAGAGGAGGAAAUGACCCCAGCAACGACAGUCCCAUCCACUGAGACCCCUGAGCUGCCCUUCAAGCCACGCCUGGGGGAGCUGACUGUGACCGACGCCACCCCCGACUCCCUGCACCUGUCCUGGACAGUCCCCGAGGGCCACUUUGACCACUUCCUGGUCCAGUACAGGAAUGGGGAUGGGCAGCCCAAGGUGGUGCGGGUGCCGGGGCACGAGGAUGAGGUCACCAUCCCAGGCCUGGAGCCCGACCAGAAGUACAAGAUGAACCUGUACGGCUUCCAUGGUGGCCAGCGUGUGGGCCCCACCUCUGUCAUCGGGGUGACCGGUGAGUGGAGGGAGACCCCUACCCCCACAAAACCCUCCACGGAGGCCCCAGAGCCCCCUGAAGAGCCACUCCUGGGGGAGCUGAUGGUGAUAGGAUCCACCUCAGACUCGCUGAGCCUCUCCUGGACUGUCCCCCAGGGCCACUUCGACGUCUUCACCGUGCAGUUCAAGGACAGGGACGGGCGGCCCCAGGCGGUGCGUGUCAGGGGCGAGGAGCAUGAGGUGACCGUGCAGGGCCUGGAGCCCGGGCACAAGUACAAGAUGCACCUGUACGGCCUCCAUGAGGGGCGGCGCGUGGGCCCUGUGUCUGCUGUGGGCCUCACAGUCCCUCACAAGGUCAUGGAAGAGACCCCCACCCCCACAGAACUCACCACCGAGGCCCCGGAGCCCCCCGAGGAGCCUCUCCUGGGGGAGCUGACGGUGACAGGAUCCACCUCGGACUCGCUGAGCCUCUCCUGGACUGUCCCCCAGGGCCACUUUGACACCUUCACCGUGCAGUACAAGGACAGGGACGGGCGGCCCCAAGUGGUGCGUGUCAGGGGUGAGGAGCGUGAGGUGACUGUGCAGGGCCUGGAGCCUGGGCGCAAGUACAAGAUGCACCUGUACGGGCUCCAUGAGGGGCGGCGUGUGGGCCCCGUGUCCACUGUGGGCCUCACAGAGGAUGAAGUAAUGAUGACCUCGGCCAUGCCCACGGCCGCCUCUGAGCCGCCCUUCAAGCCACGCCUGGGGGAGCUGACUGUGACGGAUGCCACCCCUGGCUCCCUGCGCCUGUCCUGGACGGUCCCUGAGGGCCACUUUGACUACUUCACGGUCCAGUACAGGAACGGGGAUGGGCAGCCCAAGGUGGUGCGAGUGCCGGGGCACGAGGAUGAGGUCACCAUCUUGGGCCUGGAGCCUGACCAGAAGUACAAGAUGAACCUGUACGGCCUCCACGGCGGCCAACGUGUGGGCCCCAUCUCUGUCAUCGGGGUGACCGCUCCGGAGGAAGAUUCGCCCACCCCCACAGAGAUGGAGGAGACCCCCACCCCCACAGAACCCACCACUGAGGCCCCAGAGCCCGCCGAGGAGCCGCUCCUGGGGGAGCUGACGGUGACAGGAUCCACCUCGGAUUCACUGAGCCUCUCCUGGACCAUCCCCCAGGGCCACUUCAAUGCCUUCACUGUGCAGUUCAAGGACAGGGACGGGCGGCCCCAAGUGGUGCGUGUCAGGGGCGAGGAGCGUGAGGUGACUGUGCAGGGCCUGGAGCCCAGGCGCAAGUACAAGAUGCACCUGUAUGGCCUCCACGAGGGGCGGCGCUUGGGCCCCGUGUCUGCUGUGGGCUUUACAGGAGAUGAAGUUAGGACAACCCCAGCCACACCCACGGCUGCCCCUGAGCCUCCCUUCAAGCCACGCCUGGGGGAGCUGACCGUGACUGACGCCACCCCCGACUCCCUGCACCUGUCCUGGACGGUCCCCGAGGGCCACUUUGACCACUUCCUGGUCCAGUACAGGAACGGGGACGGGCAGCCCAAGGCAGUGCGGGUGCCAGGGCACGAGGACGAGGUCACCAUCUCAGGCCUAGAGCCGGACCAGAAGUACAAGAUGAACCUGUACGGUCUCCACGGUGGCCAGCGUGUGGGCCCCAUCUCUGCCAUCGGGGUGACUGCUCCAGAGGAAGAGACCCUUGUCCCCCCAGAGAUGGAGGAGACCCCCACCCCCACAGAACCCACCACAGAAGCCCUGAAGCCCCCUGAAGAGCCGCUCCUGGGGGAGCUGAUGGUGACAGGAUCCACUUCAGACUCGCUGAGCCUCUCCUGGACCGUCCCCCAGGGCAGCUUUGACGCCUUCACCGUGCAGUUCAAGGACAGGGACGGGCGGCCCCAGGUGGUGCGUGUCAGGGGCGAGGAGCGUGAGGUCACAGUGCAGAGCCUGGAGCCCAGGCACAAGUACAAGAUGCACCUGUACGGGCUACACGCAGGGCAGCGCGUGGGCCCUGUGUCCGCCGUGGGGCUGACGGAGGAUGAAGUUAGGAUGACCACAGCCACACCCACAGCCACCUCUGAGCCGCCCUUCAAGCCACGCCUGGGGGAGCUGACUGUGACCGAUGCCACCCCCGACUCCCUGCACCUGUCCUGGACGGUCCCUGAGGGCCACUUUGACCACUUCCUGGUCCAGUACAAGAAUGGGGACGGGCAGCCCAAGGUGGUGCGGGUGCCAGGGCACGAGGACAAGGUCAUCAUCUCAGGCUUGGAGCCUGACCAGAAGUACAAGAUGAACCUGUACGGCCUCCAUAGUGGCCAGCGUGUGGGCCCCAUCUCUGCCAUCGGGGUGACCGCUCCGGUGGAAGAGACCCCUGUCCCCACAGAGAUGGAAGAGACCCCAACCCCCACAGAACCCACCACCGGGGCCCCAGAGCCCCCCAAGGAGCCGCUUCUGGGGGAGCUGACAGUGACAGGCUCCACCACAGACUCGCUGAGCCUCUUCUGGACCGUCCCCCAGGGCCACUUCGAUGCCUUCACCGUGCAGUACAAGGACAGGAACGGGCGACCCCAGGCAGUGCGUGUGAGGGGUGAGGAGCGCGAGGUGACCGUGCAGGGCCUGGCGCCUGGGCACAAGUACAAGAUGCACCUGUACGGGCUCCAUGAGGGGCGGCGCGUGGGCCCCAUGUCUGCUGUGGGCUUUACAGAGGAUGAAGUUAGGACUACCCCAGCCAUACCCACGGCUGCCCCUGAGCCUCCCUUCAAGCCACGCCUGGGGGAGCUGACCGUGACCGACGCCACCCCCGACUCCCUGCACCUGUCCUGGACGGUCCCCGAGGGCCACUUUGACCACUUCCUGGUCCAGUACAGGAACGGGGAUGGGCAGCCCAAGGCGGUGCAGGUGCCAGGGCACGAGGAUGAGGUCACCAUCUCGGGCCUGGAGCCGGACCAGAAGUACAAGAUGAACCUGUACGGUCUCCACGGUGGCCAGCGUGUGGGCCCCAUCUCUGUCAUCGGGGUGACUGCUCCGGAGAAAGAGACCCCCACCCCCACAGAACCCACCACUGAGGCCCCGGAGCCCCCUGAGGAGCCACUCCUGGGGGAGCUGAUGGUGACAGGAUCCACCUCGGACUCGCUGAGCCUCUCCUGGACUGUCCCCCAGGGCCACUUCGAGGCCUUCACCGUGCAGUUCAGGGACAGAGAGGGGCAGCCCCAGGCCGUGCGUGUGGGGGGCGAGGAGCGUGAGGUGACCGUGCAGGGCCUGGAGCCCGGGCGCAAGUACAAGAUGCACCUGUACGGGCUCCACGAGGGGCGGCGCGUGGGCCCCGUGUCCGCAGUGGGCACAAUUGCCCCCAUGCCCACCGAGCCCCCGAAGGAGCCCCGCCUGGGUGAACUGUCUGUGGCAGCCGUGACCUUGGACACUGUACACCUCUCAUGGACAGUGGCCCAGGGCCCCUUCGACUCCUUCCUGAUCCAGUACAGGGAUGUGCAGGGGCAGCUCCAGACAGUGCCCGCUGGCAGAGAGCUCCGCGAAGUCACCGUCUUAGACCUGGAAGCAGCCCGAAAGUACAAGUUCCUCCUUUUCGGACUCCAGGAUGGGAAACGCCGGGGCCCAGUCUCUGUGGAGGCAAAGACCCUUUCAGACGUGAAAACUUCCCCCCGCCUGGGGGAACUGACAGUGACAGAUGUCACCCCUGACUCUGUGGGCCUCUCGUGGACAGUACCCGAGGGCGAGUUUGACUCCUUCAUGGUCCAGUACAAGGACAAGGAUGGACAGCCCCAGGUGGUGCCUGUGGCCGCAGACCAGCGCGAGGUCACCGUCCCCAGCCUGGAGCCCAACAGGAAGUAUAAGUUCCUGCUCUAUGGCCUGGCAGGCAGGAAGCGGCUGGGGCCUGUCUCUGCCGAUGGCACCACUGCUCCCCUGAAGGAAGAGCAGCCCCCACCUCGCCUCAAGGAGCUGACAGUGACUGACAAGACUUCAGACUCCCUGCGCCUCUCAUGGACAGUGGCCCAGGGCUCCUUCGACUCCUUCGUGGUCCAGUACAGGGACACAGAUGGGCAGCCCCAGCUGGUGCCUGUGGCUGGAGACCAGCACGAGGUUACCGUGGAUGGCCUGGAGCCGGGCAGGAAAUACAAGUUCCUGCUCUAUGGGCUCCUCGGAGGAAAGCGCCUGGGCCCUGUCUCUGUCCUGGGAGUGACAGCCCCAGAAGAGGAUACACCAGCCACCUGGCACCCUGCCACAGAGGCCCCUGAACCCCCUGAAGAGCCUCGCCUGGGGGCACUGGCAGUGACUGACGUGACCCCAGACUCUCUGCACCUCUCGUGGACAGUGGCCCAGGGCCCCUUUGACUCCUUCGUGGUCCAGUAUCAGGACGCAGAUGGGCAGCCCCAGGCUUUGCUGGUGGGCAACAACCAGCACAAGGUCCUGGUCUCGGGCCUGGAGCCCAGCACCACCUACAAGUUCUUCCUCUACGGCCUCCGUGAAGGGGCGCGCCUGGGGCCCAUCUCAGCCGAGGCCACCACAGGGCCAGCUCCUGCCGGGCAGACCCCAGGGGAGCCAGGGCCCCACCUGUCACAGCUAUCGGUGACUGACGUGACCACCAGUUCCCUGCGGCUCAACUGGGAGGCCCCACCUGAAGCCUUCGACUCCUUCCUGCUCCGCUUUGGGGUCCCAUCACUGAGCACUCUGGAGCCGCACUCACGUCCUCUGCUGCAGCGGGAGCAGACGGUGCCAGGGGCGCUGCGCUCGGCUGUGCUCAGGGACCUGCGACCCGGGACCCUGUACAGUCUCACAUUGUAUGGGCUGCGUGGGCCCCACAAGGCUGACAGCAUCCAGGGCACCGCCCGCACCCUCAACCCAGUUCUGGAGAGCCCCCGUGACCUCCAAUUCAGUGACAUCGGGGAGACCUCAGCCAUGGUCAACUGGAUGCCCCCACUAUCCAGGGCGGACAGCUUCAAAGUCUCCUACCAGCUGGCAGAUGGAGGGGAGCCACAGAGCAUGCAGGUGGACGGCCGGGCCCGGACCCAGAAACUCCAGGGGCUGAUCCCAGGUGCCCGCUAUGAGGUUACAGUGGUUUCAGUUCGAGGCUUUGAAGAGAGCGAGCCUCUCACAGGCUUCCUCACCACAGUUCCUGAUGGCCCCACCCAGCUUCGUGCACUGAACUUGACGGAGGGAUCUGCCCUGCUGCACUGGAAGCCCCCCCAGGCCCCAGUGGACAAAUACAAUGUCCAGGUCACAGCCUCAGGGGCCCCAUCUCAACAGGGCUCCGCCCCGGGUAGCGCCGUGGACUACCCCCUGUACGAUCUUGUGCUCCACACCAACUACACCGCCACUGUGCGUGGCCUUCGGGGCCCCAACCUCACCUCCCCGGCCAGCAUCACCUUUACCACAGGGCUGGAGGCCCCCCAGGGCUUGGAGGCCAAAGAGGUGACCCCCCGCACAGCCCUGCUCACUUGGACUGAACCCCCAGUCCCGCCCACAGGCUACCUGCUCAGCUUUGACACCCCUGGUGGACAGACCCAGGAGAUACUGCUUCCUGGAGGCAUCACCUCUCACCAGCUCCAAGGCCUCUUUCCCUCCACCCCCUAUAGUGUCCAGCUCCGGGCCGUGUGGGGCCAGAGCUUCUCACCACCUGUGUCCACCACCUUCAUCACCGGUGGACUGCAGAUCCCCUUCCCCCGGGACUGUGGGGAGGAGAUGCAGAACGGUGCCGGCACCUCGAGGACCACCACCAUCUUCCUCAACGGCAACCGUGAGCGGCCCCUGAACGUGUUUUGUGACAUGGAGACAGAUGGGGGUGGCUGGCUGGUGUUCCAGCGCCGCAUGGACGGACAUACAGACUUCUGGAGGGACUGGGAGGACUACGCCCACGGCUUUGGGAACACCUCCUGGGAGUUCUGGCUGGGCAACGAUGCUUUGCACAGCCUGACCCAGGCUGGUGACUACUCCAUGCGUGUGGACCUGCGGGCUGGGGACGAGGCUGUGUUCGCUCAGUACGACUCCUUCCAAGUAGACUCAGCUGCUGAAUACUACCGCCUCCACCUGGAGGGCUACCAUGGCACCGCAGGGGACUCCAUGAGCUACCACAGUGGCAGUGUCUUUUCCACCCGUGACCGAGACCCCAACAACUUGCUCAUCUCCUGUGCUGUCUCCUACCGCGGGGCCUGGUGGUACAGAAACUGCCACUACGCCAACCUCAACGGGCUCUAUGGGAGCACGGUGGACCACCAGGGAGUGAGCUGGUACCACUGGAAGGGCUUCGACUUCUCGGUGCCCUUCACGGAAAUGAAGCUGAGACCGAGAAGCUACCGGCCCCCGACCUGGGGAGGCUGAGCCGCUGCCCACCUCUCUCGGCCCCAGCACGACUGCCGAGCACUGAGGGGUCGCACCGAGAGAAGUCAGGGGCCGCCUUCACCAUCCAGCCACCGGAGGAUGCCUUCUCCGCCCGCGAUCUCACAGCACUAUGUUUACAGGGGGGAGGGGAGGGAUUUGUACGGGAGCAAUAAAAAGAGAA